AUGACAAUUCUAAGAGAACACUACGACCUGCUCAUUGCUGUGGAGUUGGAGAAUCUCCCCCCGUUCAACCAGGAACCUUUAGACAGGGCUGUCCAGUGGGGCCAGGUGAGGUACGGGCGGAGACUCACGGCAUCCUCUCUUUCCACCUUAAGGGACCUCCUGACCAGAGGCUCCCGAACAGAGGAGGCCCCUCCACCUUCCCUUCUCUCCCCUCUUGACUUUCCUGCCCUCCCUCAGCCAGCCAAGAUCGUUGACCGGGUGGUUCUGGGAGAGUGGCCCUGCCUCCGGCCCACCACCGACCCCCAGAGCCACAGCCCUGAGCUCGGCCAGCUGAUGCAGCGCUGCUGGGCGGAGGAGCCCACCGAGAGACCCGAGUUCAACCACGUCCGGCUGCUGCUGCGCAAACAGAACAAGGAGUCGAGGACUAACAUCCUGGAUAACCUCCUCUCCCGGAUGGAGCUGUACGCCAACAACCUGGAGGAGCUGGUGGAGGAGCGCACUCAGGCGUAUCACGAAGAGAAGAGGAAAGCAGAGACCCUGCUGUACCAGAUACUACCUCACUCGGUGGCGGAGCAGCUGAAACGGGGCGAGACGGUUCAGGCCGAGGCCUUCGACUCGGUCUCCAUUUACUUCAGCGACAUCGUGGGAUUCACCGCCAUCUCAGCUGAGAGCACGCCGCUGCAGGUGGUGACGCUGCUCAACGACCUCUACACCUGUUUCGACGCCAUCAUCGACAACUUUGAUGUUUACAAGGUGGAGACGAUUGGCGACGCCUACAUGGUGGUGUCGGGGUUGCCGGUGAGGAACGGGAACUUGCACGGGAGGGAAAUCGCCCGCAUGGCGCUCGCCCUGCUGCACGCCGUGCGAACAUUCAAGAUCUGCCACCGGCCCGAGCAGCAGCUGGAGCUGAGGAUAGGAGUUCACAGCGGGCCGGUGUGUGCGGGGGUGGUGGGUCUGAAGAUGCCGCGCUACUGUUUGUUCGGAGACACCGUCAACACGUCGUCACGCAUGGAGUCCAGCGGCGAAGCACUGAAGAUCCACGUGUCGGCGGCGACUCACGACAUCUUGCAGGAGUUUAACUGCUUCCAGCUGGAGAGGAGAAGGGAGAUCGACGUGAAGGGCAAAGGGAAGAUGACCACCUAUUGGCUCCUGGGCGAGAGCGACAGCCAAUGAAAAGACAGCUUCCAGGGGACAGAGAGGAGGGGACAGAGGGACUCCAAAAAACUAGAGAGUAGGGU